AUGGAGUGUGUGUUAGUGUUGUGUGUGUGCAUGUUGAGCGUGCACGUCGGUGCCGACAGCGGAUUGGACAGGCGUGACCACGCCCACCUGGAGCAUCAGCCGGUUUCCAACGCUGACAUAGAUUCAGGUCUGUGUGAGCUGGAUCCGCCGCUCUGCCACGAUGAGACUUCGGUCCUGAGCUUCGAGGCGAUCCGCAGCAUCCACAGACUGAUGGACGAGGACGAGGACGGGAUGGUGGACACCACAGAGACGGAUGAGUUUCUCAGGGAGGACCUGAAGGAUCCCGACCCCAAAAUCAAACCUGGCAGCUUCCACCGGACCAACCUGCACAUCAGCCUGGAGGACUUGUGGACCACCUGGAAGAGUUCUGAAGUGUAUAACUGGACGGAGCAGCAAGUGGAGGAGUGGUUGUCCGGCAGCGUGGAGCUCCCUCAGUACGUGGACAGCUUCAGGACGCAGCAGGUGGAUGGCAGGUCUCUGCCCAGGCUGGCGGUGAAGAACACCACCCUGACCCUGGUCCUGCUGAAGGUUCUGGACCGGAGCCACGUUCAGAAGCUGCAGCUCAAAGCUCUCCACCUGGUUCUGUUCGGACCUCCACCAGGCCAGCAGAACCGGUGGAAAGACCUGGUUCUGGGCGGGUCCAUCCUGAUGGCGCUGACUGGAUGCUGGUUUGCCUAUGCUCAGAUCCGGAGGUCCAGAGACGACCUGGGGGGGCUGCUGAAGGACCUGGAGGGUCUGCAGAGGGCCGAACAAAGUCUACUGGACCUGCAGGACAGGCUGCAGCGGGCUCAGGAGGAGCAGCGCUGUGUUCAGGUGGAGAAGGUUCGGGUGGAGGAGGAGCUGAGAAACGAGAUCAGCUCGGCCAAACAGGAAGCUCAACGCCUGCGAGACCUGCGCAAGGGAGCCGAGAGCGGGCGGAACCGGCAGAAGUACGCCGAGCAGGAACUGGAACAGGUCCGAACGGCGCUGAAAAACGCGGAGAAAGAGAUGGAGUCGCAGGUUCACUGGGUACCGCCAGAGGCGCUGCAGAAGUGGCUGCAGCUGACCCAUGAAGUGGAAGUCCAGUACUACAACUGCAAGAAGCAGAAGGCAGAACAACAGCUGCUGCAAGCCAAGGAGGGGGCGGAGAAGAUCAAGAAGAAGAGGAGUUCUUUCCUGGGGACCUUCCAUGUGGCCCACAGCUCUUCUCUGGAUGACGUGGACCAGAAGAUCCUGUCGGCCAAACAGGCGCUGGCUGAGGUGACGACGGCUCUACGGGAGAAGCUCCACCGCUGGCAGCAGAUCGAGUCUUUGACGGGUUUCAGUUUGCUCAACAAUCCGGGUCUGGGAGCACUGGCAAACGCCUUGAACCUGGACCCGGCCAUCUUGGGCCUGCGACCCCCGGCCCCUCAGAACCUGCUGCUCUCUGAUGACCUGGACGACAUGGACGAAGACAUCCUGUCUCCGGGGACGCUGCAGUAUGCAGCCUGGCAGAUGGACCGGCGUGUGAGCGACCUGUGGCCGUUGAGCGGCAUCACGGACAGCCAGUCACCAUGGAAACAAUCAGUUCAGAGUCUGAUGCCCCUGCGACCAAGGAUGGGAGACCCCGGUCUGGCGUUCAGCUCCCAGAGGGACAUCAUGAACCGCUCAGAUUCUGACUCCACCCUCCCGCUCUCUCUCAGCGAAUCACAAGCUCUGAAUGCUUCCAAGUUGUAUCUAAAGGACUCCAGGCUCCACCCCUUGCAUGCUCAGAGCGCCACUCACAGUUGGGGAGGAGGAGGUCUGGAAAAGAGCUCAAGUCUCGUGGAGCUGAGAGGAAGCUCCGCCCUCUCCUGCUCUACACACUCCCUCUGCAUCACGUCCAACGCCGCCGACAGGUCCGCCAUAUUCUCGUCCUCCACCUCGUCCAGCUCUUUAGGGAGCGGCCAGGGGGGCGGAGCCCAGCUGGCGAGCAGGAAGAGCCUCUUGAAGGAGGAUGGAGGACAGCAGUCAGAAUCACCCAGCAGCCGGAGGAGGAAAGCUUUCCGUCAGAUGUUCAGGAAGAAGCAAGAACACUGCUGAAGGAAGAUGUUCACAUCUGUCCUCGUCUUCUGUCCCAGCGGAGGUGGUCUCGGGGAGCUGGACAGGAACCUUCUCAGAUGUUAUAAGAGACGGUCAGUGAAAGUUCUGUGUACGGAAGCAGCAGAUUGUGUUGCAGCUUCACUUCGUCAGUCUUCCAUCCUGAGCAGGCACCAGGACACAUUCUUCAUCAAGUCUUCAUCAUCGAGAUGUUCGCAACUUCUGCUUCAACUCAAACACGAACUGACACACGGCAGGAGGAAAAACAACUUCAGGUUGGACUGAAUUAUUCAUGAAGGAGUUUAAAGUCGACCGCACGCUGCUCAAAGUGCACGUUUAGAACAACAGCAACAAAACCAUCUUUAUUUUGUGGAAGUGUUGGGAGAAUAAAACCAAAGAGUUACAAAAUGUUUGAUUUCUUA